CUCAACAUAAACGAGUAAAAAGACCCCACCAGUUACCUUCCCUUAUACCACAACUUUAAAUAAUCUUCCUUCCCCUAAAACCCUCCCCUCUGACUACCCAUCAAUGCCACAUUUCACAACUCCAAAAAUUCAUAUUUCAAAGUUUUGAAAAACCUAAUUUCUUCUCCCAAUCCCUCCAAGAAAACCAGAUGGGGAAGAAAAUGAAGCUCCCUUUUCUCUCCAAGAACACAUCAGAACUAUCAAGAUCUUCAUCUUCUUCUUCCUCCCCAUGGCCUUGGCCUUCUUGUGCUCAAACCAGAACCCUUUCUUUCAGAACAGGCAAUGAUAUCUUCAAGACCAUAAACUCAGCCUACUUUGACACCACAAACCCUACAACAGAUUUGGUGCUGGUGGAUAGCACACCGGACUCGUUCUUCACCAACUCAUCAUUUGACGAGUGUCCCAACUUCUCCACCGUCUCUGAAGACUCAAGAGGCGGUGGAGGAGCUGGAGGAGGAGACGCAAUAGAGAGUGUGAUUAAAGGGUUGAGGUCAGAGAGGCUCUUCUUUGAGCCAGCUGGUCAGACAAGCUCUGUGUUAGUUGAGACCAAGGAGGCUGAGGCGGGGGCCGCGGCAGCAGCAACAGCUGAUGAAGGUGGUGAUGGGGUUAAUAAUGUUAUUCCAUUCAAGGAGAGUGUGGCUUUGUCAAUUGACUCACCAGACCCGAUUGUGGAUUUCAGAAAAUCUAUGGAGGAAAUGGUGGAAGCUCAUGGCUUGAAGGAUUGGGAGAAUCUUGAGGAGCUUUUGUGUUGGUACUUGAGGGUAAAUGGUAAAAGCAACCAUGGUUAUAUUGUUGGAGCUUUUGUCGAUCUCUUGGUAGGUCUAGCAUUUACUACUACCAGUAGCAAUUCUUGUUCUUGUAUUAUUAACUCUCCUUCUUCCCCUUUCUCUAAUUUUUACAAUAGUAUUACUACUUCUUCUUCUUCGUCGUUGUCGUCAUCGUCUUCUUCUGCGACUACUCCUUGUGUUUCCUCCGUAGAAGAAGAGUCUGAAAGUACUGCUACUACUCCAUGUUUAUCUUCAUUGUUAGAAGGUGAAGAAGACCAGAUUAAGGAAGAAGAAAAUGACGACGGCGGCGGCGACCGUGUUUCAUCGUAGCUAGUUAAUUAAUUAUUUGUUUUCUAAUUCGAUGGAAAAUCAAAACAUGUAUACUAGUAGUAGUACUAGAAAUGAUAGUGAAAACUUCAACUUUUGAUA